CUCCGGCCACACCCCCUCGAGGACGCCGUUGGUACGCGCCGGGAUCCCCCCGUGCUCGCCGCAGUGGUUUGGCCGCGGCGACCCCUCCGGCGGCGCGUCCCCCGCGCUUGGUACGGCUCAGCCCGUCUCCCCGAAGCCGCGAGCCCGCGCCCCUCAGUCGGUGCAGCCUGCAAUCCCCCGUGUGGCCAGUGGCUGCCACCCAGCCCCCUCGGCCCACGAACGCUAUGGUCCGUCCGCGCCGUGCCCCGCAUCGCUCCGGCGCUGCGGGUCCUUUCGGGGGUCGCGGCCGUCCCCCACGGCCCCUCGUCGUGCGUGCGGUCCGCUCCCGUUCCUGGCCAGCCAGCCCUCGAGGCCCGCAGCCGCCGCGGAUCCGGGCCCGCUCGGCCCCUCCCAUGGAAGGCGCUCGUGUCUUCGGGGCCCUGGGUCCCAUCGGGCCGUCGUCACCCGGGCUGGCCCUCGGGGGUCUUGCUGUGAACGAGCACCGGCUCAGCAACAAGCUGCUGGCCUGGAGCGGUGUCCUGGAGUGGCAAGAGAAGCGCAGGCCGUACUCUGACUCGACCGCGAAGCUGAAGCGGGCUCUGCCGUGCCAGGCCUACGUGAACCAGGGCGAGAACCUGGAGACGGACCAGUGGCCGCAGAAACUGAUCAUGCAGCUCAUCCCGCAGCAACUGCUGACCACGCUGGGCCCCCUGUUCCGCAACUCCCAGCUGGCACAGUUCCACUUCACCAACAGAGACUGCGACUCGCUCAAGGGCCUCUGCCGCAUCAUGGGCAACGGCUUCGCGGGCUGCAUGCUCUUCCCCCACAUCUCCCCCUGCGAGGUGCGCGUGCUCAUGCUCCUGUACUCGUCCAAGAAAAAGAUCUUCAUGGGUCUCAUCCCCUAUGACCAGAGUGGCUUCGUCAAUGCCAUACGGCAGGUCAUCACCACCCGCAAACAGGCAGUGGGACCCGGUGGUGUCCACUCGGGCCCUGUCCAGAUUGUCAACAAUAAGUUCCUGGCAUGGAGCGGGGUGAUGGAGUGGCAGGAGCCCAGGCCUGAGCCCAACAGCCGGUCCAAGAGGUGGCUCCCAUCCCACGUCUACGUGAACCAGGGGGAGAUCCUGAGAACCGAGCAGUGGCCGAGAAGGCUGGUCAUGCAGCUCAUGCCGCAGCAGCUGCUGACCACGCUGGUGCCGCUGUUCCGGAACUCGCGCCUGGUGCAGUUCCACUUCACCAAGGACCUGGAGACGCUCAAGAGUCUCUGCCGGAUCAUGGACAACGGCUUUGCCGGCUGCGUGCACUUCUCCUACAAGGCCUCGUGCGAGGUGCGCGUGCUCAUGCUGCUCUACUCAUCGGAGAAGAAGAUCUUCAUCGGUCUCAUCCCGCACGACCAGAGCAACUUCGUCAACGGCGUCCGGCGGGUCAUCGCCAACCAGCAGCAGGUCCUGCAGCGGAACCUGGAGCAGGAGCAGCAGCAGCGAGGGAUGGGGGGGUAGUGGCCCCCGGCUGGGUCCCACAGGAGUCCCAGGCGAGGCCCGGCAGAGACUGGUCACAUGCUUCUGAGCAGGGGCCCCUGGGGACUGCAACUGCCCAGCAACAUGGAGGACAGCGUCCUGAGGUUUCCAAGGACAGUCCCCACCCUGUAUGUUUCCCCAAUAAAGUCUUUUAA